UAAGCAUGGAGUCUCUUGAGAAAUAUAUUUCAGAGUUGCAAAGAAAUUGGUUGUCAUUUGCCAUUCCAUUUGGUGUGUCAGCAACCGCGGUUGGGACUAUAUUUUUCCUAAAGCGAUUGGGAAUUUUUUAUCAACUUUUUCAUAAGGCAGAUGACAAGACGGCGAGACAUGGUGGUGAAAUAGUUGCAGAGGUAUUGCAGGCACAUGGCAUAAAAAAUAUUUUUACAUUAGUUGGAGGUCACAUAUCUCCAAUAUUAGUUGCCUGUGAAAAACUUGGAAUCCGGGUUGUUGACACAAGACAUGAAGCAUCAGCAGUAUUUGCUGCAGAUGCUGUAGCAAGGUUAUCGGGAACAGUCGGUGUGGCGGCAGUAACAGCCGGUCCAGGUCUGACAAACACUGUGACUGCUGUGAAAAAUGCUCAGAUGGCAGAGUCACCUCUCUUGCUCAUUGGUGGAGCAGCGGCCACCUUACUGAAGGGCCGAGGUGCUCUGCAAGACAUUGACCAGAUGUCAUUAUUCAAACCACUGUGCAAGUUCACAGCAUCCAUUCAGAAGAUUCGAGACAUUGUGCCAACAAUUCAGAAGGCUCUGCAGAUUGCUCAGUCAGGAACCCCAGGUCCAGUCUUUAUUGAGUUUCCAAUUGAUACACUGUAUCCCUUUCACAUGGUUCAAAAAGAGCUUGGAUCCAAAAACAAAGGUGGAGGACCUAUUCAGAAGAUCAUCAACUGGUACCUUCAAAACCAUCUGAACAAUCUAUUUGCUGGGGCAUUUGAAGAACGAGACAAAUCGCCACUUCCUGUACAACGACCUAUAGCAACCCAGUCUCAAGUUCAGAAGAGUAUAGAAAUCGUGUCUAAAGCCAAAAAGCCUGUGAUACUGUUGGGCAGCCAGGCAACACUGCCACCAGUUCCAUCCGAUGAAUUGAGGAAAGCUCUGGAGACUCUUGGUAUCCCCUGUUUUCUGGGAGGGAUGUCACGCGGUUUGUUAGGAAGAGAUAGCACCAUUCAAGCAAGACAGCGACGCCGUGAUGCCCUCAAGGAUGCCGAUGUUGUCAUUCUAGCAGGUGCUGUUUGUGAUUUCCGACUUGGUUACGGUAAAGUUCUCAAUCGGCGAUCAAAGAUUAUUGCUGUCAACAGGGAUAAAGAUCAACUGUAUAAGAAUUCAGAUAUGUUCUGGAAGCCUACCCUUGCCAUUCAGGGAGAUGUUGGCAAGUUUAUUGUGGAUUUGGUUUAUGGUCUCCAUGGUUACAAAUGUGAUCCUGAUUGGUUGAAGUUGUUAAUGGACAGAGAUAACCAAACAGUGGAGGCCAACAAGACAAAAGCUGAAGAAUUGACUGACGUUCAUUUGAACCCACUGAAGAUUCUGAUGACUCUCGAAGACGUGUUGUCAGACAACAGCAUCCUGGUUGCCGAUGGCGGCGACUUUGUUGCAACUGCAGCUUACAUACUCAGACCUCGGGGUCCUCUUCGAUGGUUGGAUCCAGGAGCCUUUGGCACUCUAGGAGUGGGUGGAGGGUUUGCUCUUGGAGCUAAAAUUUGUCGCCCGGACAGUGAUGUGUGGAUAAUUUAUGGAGAUGGUUCGUCAGGAUACAGCAUUGCCGAGAUUGAUACAUUCACACGACACAAGACACCUGUGAUAGCAUUGAUUGGUAAUGAUGCCUGCUGGAUGCAGAUUGCCAGAGAACAAGUACCCAUGUUCAAAACAGAAGUUGCCUGCAAGCUGUCUUUUUGUGACUAUGACAUCGUAUCUAAAGGAUAUGGAGGAAAAGGUUACAGGCUGGACAAAACAAAUGAAGACAAAAUCAGAGAGAUUCUAGAAAAAGCUGUCCAGGAUUCUAGGAAUGGUGACAGUGUGGUUAUCAAUGCCCUUAUUGGCAAAACUAAUUUCCGGGAAGGCAGCAUAUCUGUUUAAAAACAAAACAAUUGUGAUUCUUUAAAAAAAAAAAAAUGUUUUAAGUUGUAUUUUGGGGAUUCCUCUGGUUUCCAUAAACACAAAUGAUUGACUGUUUUGUCUUGCCUAUAUUUAUAAUUUAUAAAUAAAAACUAUAAAAACAAUUAUAGCUUCCACGGGAAUAACCUGUGAUGUCACUCUUUGGUAAUUUGAUAUUUUUAAAUUUUAAUGUUUACAAUUCGGCAACCAUGGCCUACCAUAAUUAUAGGUUUUUAUUUGAUUGUCAUUGUGAUUUUGAUAUAUGAAACCUUUGUGAUAGUGACCAUCUGUUUGGAAAGCAUACACACACAUGUAGGUUAUUCCCUUUCACCCUUCACUUGUUAACACAAUAUAACAUCAAGUGGCACAUGUUGAAAUGAUUAGCCAAAACUAUGAAGACCUUCUCGUUUUUUUUUAUAUUAAACGUUCUGCAUUUUGGUCUGUGUACUAUUUGUUGCAUUUAGGUUUGUUUUUUGGAUAUUAUACACAAACUCACCAUGGAUUAAGAAAUAUUUACUUGCCACUUUAUAUGCACACACACAUACACAAUGCAUGCAUACACCUAUAUCUUGCAUACCAUAUAAUCUUACAUGUAUCCAUCCAUCCAUCCAUCCAUCCAUCAACACCAACAUGUACAUGCACAGCACACACACACACACACAUACACACAACAAAAUAAAAACAUCUAUGUAUAAAUUGUUUCCUUUCUGAACUCUCAAACAAGUUAUUUAAUUUCCAUACAAAACAUUUGCAAGCAUCAUAAUUUAGUUAUUUCGAAGACUGAUAGAUUAUUUUUCUCUCAUUGACUUUGGAAGCCUUCAGGAAUUCAUCUUUGUAAUGAGUUUGUCCAGACUAUAAGAGAUAUGUCAUCUGCAAGUGAGAUUGUUAGAACGUAUACAGAUUUACAUCAUGGUUUGUGUCAUAUGAAAAAUAUUUAUGAUUUGAACAAAGUAUUCAAAUAAGUUUGUCUGUUUAAGACGCUAUAUUAUUUGUUAAUUCUACGCACAUUUUGAUAAUUGUUGUAAUUGUAAAUGAUAUAAGUUGUUAGCACAUAUUUUUGUUUAGUCAAUAAAUAUUUCACAUAUGAACAUGUAUAUACUUUUUACAUAUCGUGAUUAUUUUGAUAAAAAUGUUUUGAUUAUAUUUCUAUUCCUUUUUCAUUACAUUUAUUCAAAUAAAUAAUAAAUUAUU